GAUCACCGACUCGGGCGACGUGCGCCUGGACCGCGUGCAGGUGAUCAUGACGGAGCUGGGCCACGUGGAGGACGAGAUCUUCAAGCGGCGCCAUCAGAACGAACUCAACUUCAAGGCGAGGGACAAGGCUAACAAGAGGAGGCAGCAGAAAGUCAACUUCUCUCUGCUGGAGAACACGCAGUUUGCGCCUGCUGCUGUCGGCCAGCAGAGGUCGGUGGCGAACGUGAGGCAGGAGGCCGCUAAUAUGCGCAUCGCUGGCAUGCAGGCCGAAAAAGAGCAAGAGGAUUCCCACAAGCGCGGACGCAAGCGCUCGGCGGCGGAGGCAGGCAUGGACUCGGACGACGACGACAAGCACGACGAGGUGCGCCUGUGGGAGGAGGGCUUCAAGGAGCGCUACUACGAGAGCAAGUUUGAAGUCGCCCGGGACAACCUGGAGUUCAGGUACCGGGUGGCGCUGCAGUACGUGCGCGGGCUGUGCUGGGUGCUGCGCUACUACUACCAGGGCUGCGCCAGCUGGAAGUGGUACUUCCCCUACCACUACGCGCCCUUCGCGUCCGACUUCGUCAACGUCUGCGGCCUGGCCACCAACUUCGAGGCCGGCACGCAGCCGUUCCGGCCGCUGGAGCAGCUGAUGGGCGUAUUCCCGGCGGCUAGUGCGCAGCACGUGCCCAAGCCCUGGGCCAAGCUCAUGAGUGACCCUCACUCCCCAAUCAUCGACUUCUACCCGACGGACUUCAAGAUCGACCUGAACGGCAAGAAGUUCGCGUGGCAGGGCGUCGCGCUGCUGCCUUUCGUAGACGAGGCGCGCCUCUUCCGCGCGCUCGAGCCCUACUACAAGGACCUCACGCAGGCCGAGAAACAGCGCAAUAUUCGCGGCCUAGACCGCCUGUACGUGAGCACCGGCAACAAGAGCUACGAGUUCCUGCUGGGCCUGUACGAGGAGGCCGGCCACAACACCAAGAGCCUCAUCCAGAGCGAGCAGCGUUACCCGUACCGCUGCGACGGCGUGCGCGGAGACGUGCUGCUUAGCGCCGACCACGUCGUCGGCGGCGGCCAACUAGCGUCGCCGGUGAUCGGGCUGGCGCCGGUGCUGGGCAACCGCGCGGUGUGCGUGCGCUUCGUGGACCCGCAGUACCCGGAGGGCUUCGUGUUCCCGGCGCGCCGCCUGCAGAAGGCCGUGGACGCGCCGCGCGUGCUCAAGCCCGGGAACCUCUCCCACCAGGAGAACAGGAACUGGCGCCCGCAGAUCGGCAUGGCCCGUUCACACACGAUCGCGAGCCUGGAGCAGGCGGGCCACAGGAUGCUGGGGCACCACCUGCCGCGGGACCGCGCCUACGGCAACGUGCCGCCGCCGCAGCACCAGCAGCACCAGCAGCGCCAGCAGCACCAGCAGGGCCAGCACAAUCGUUCCCAGUCGUUUGGACCUUAUCGCAGUGGGUACAUACCCCACCAGGGCUACAACCAGAGCCAAGGACAGAACCAGGGCCAAGGGCACCAUCAGAGCCAAGGGCAUCAUCAGAGCCAAAACAAAGGCUACAACCAGCACCUAGGGUACUCGCAAAGCUACAGCAGAUCCGGCUACGGGAGCCAAGACAGACACGGCAGCGGCCAGGGCUAUCAGGGCCGGCAAAACAGCCAGGGUGGGCAUAGCAGCCGGAGCGGUCAUAACAGCCAGAGCGGGCAGUAUGGCGGUCAGCAACAAAACAGACACGGUAACCAAGGCUCACAGGGCUACCAGUCAGUGUCAGACUACAGUCCUUACCAUGAGAGACGGGGCAGAGAUCAGCAGAGUCGAGGCCCCCCUAAUCUUCAAAAGUACAAGCGCAAUUUUAACCGAUAACGCUAGCGACAGUCAUUUAUGUCUAGUCGAAAAAAAAUCAGUACACCGAUUGACGUUUACAAUGAAAUAUACAGGGUGUCCCAAGAAGUUGUGUCAAACAGAAGCUCAGAGGUAGAGCAUCACUAAAUCACCCCUAAUAUUAGUUAGUAGUUUCAUAAUCACCUCUCUGGAUUUCUGCUUGACAGUAUUUUUGGGACAAUCUGUACAGUUGUAAUAAGUGAGUCAGUGUCUACUAUCAGGACCAUCAUUUAUUGUUGUCACGUUUUCUGAGACUUUUUGUCGAAUUUGAUGUUUUUUUUUCGAGAAUCAUGAUUAUUAAAAAGGGAAAAUAAUAAAAAUGUAACCUGAUUGUAACAUUUCCAUCAUACUCACUCAGUGUAUUAUUAGCAGCAAAUUAGUAAGCAACUCACUUCACUUCAAUCUUAAAUUAAUACACAAGAAAUAUAGCGUCGUUUGUCGUUAAUUUAGAAUAGUAAUGAUCACAAUGGUAUUGUUAACAUCGGACAUUGUCCACUAUACAGGUUCCUAAAAGACCUGCAGUUAAAUAAAAACAUAAUAACUUAUCACUGAAGGUGAUUUUAAACUAGGCACUCGCUACGUGUAUAUUUUGUAUGAAAAUAUACGUAUAAAAUGAAUAUAAUGGAAUAAGAUAAACGUAGAUUAAUAUGACCUUUAAAAAAAUUAAAGACUGUUGUUAAAACGGCGAAUCGGUGAUGGCACAUCUAAAAAAAAAACAAAAAAAGGGAAAUAACAUUUUAGUAUUACAUUUUCCUUUGAAAACUAUGACCUCACCAAUUCAAGUAGGUAAUUAAAAUUAUACGGUUGAGUGUACAUACAAAAAAAUGGUCAAUUAAAACGUACGAGUGUUUCGAAAUGUACCAGUAGGUAUAUGAAUGACAUUCGUGCUAUGGAAUAAUGAAAAGAUUGCAAAUAUAAAUAACGUCACACUUUUAUUUUUUGUAUGAAGUUUAAAUGUCUUUGUUAAUCCAUUAUGUGUCCGGAAAUGUAAUAAUGAUGAUAUACAGAAUGUAGGCGGGGUAAACAGGAUGAAAAUUACAAUGAACUAACACUGUUAGGGUUUUUGUCAAAGUUUACACCCUGUAUUUAAUAAAACAAGUUAAUAUAGCUCGAGAAAUCUUAAUACAUACUACCUACUCUACUUUGUUUAUCAAAAGAUAUUACGAUUUUUUUAUCAAUCAGUACAUUAAAAGCUCAAUAUAAUUUGUGUGAAAUGUAUCAUUGUCUUUCAAAAUGUUUGAGUCUGUUUAUUUUUUUAUUGACGGACGUGUGACUAGAUUGCAAGUAUGUACCUAAAUGUGGAAUUGUAAUAAUAAUUGACAU